UGCGAUCGACACGCGUACGAGAACGAGCCUCUGAAGGUUGAAGUCGGCGUAGGAAGGCUGAGCUUUGUUUCGGCCCCACUUGAUUUCCCGACUUCUGGCGAACAGAGAAGACCGAGACGAGACGAACUCAAUUCUCUCCUGUAUCUUCCUCUCCAGUUUUCUCUCUCUCACAGUUGUUCGUUUAUAUAUAUAUAUAUGUUGUUUCCUUCUCUCGAAAAAGUCUCUCAAUGUAUUUCACGUGCUUACCCUAAUUGGAAUUCGCCGCCUUCAUCUUUUUCCGGGAAGAACAACGUAGACGGACUCUACUCUAUAGCUUGUUGAUUUCGCUCUCUUAAGAGUUCCGUCUGUUAGCGAGCGAGCGAGGUAACAGGUCAAACAAAAAUGAUACUCGAGGUGUGAAAAGUAUUUUGACAGCAUGUUAGGAGUUCGAAUUCGUCUUCUAGCUCUGUCAUAGAACAUUGGAGACUGAAAUUUCGGUGAGAAGUUUUUAAUUCACUACCUUUGCUUUAUUGUUAUUCACUACCGAAGAAAUUUUAUGUUAUCAGAAUUCUAAUUUCGUGGUACCAAGACCUGACUGAAAUAAGUGUAGUCUAAAUAGGUGUUGGAUUAGUAAGACUUUACUUAUGGAAGAAGAUACUAAGCAUUCUAUUGGGUUGUCUUCUGGACUGGCUGUGAUUUUGAAUAGUGAGAAUAGGAAGAUGAAUGCUCAGAAUAACCGUCUUAUUUCUUGCUGUGAUGAUUUUGGAGACCAGUCAUUGGAGCGUACUAUUGAGCAUAUAUUUGAUAUUCCUUAUAAGACAGUUAAUUCUGUAACAAGUCCAAUUGAUGCUGGUACAGUUGUUGUAUCCAUUAUAAAUGAUCAUUUUUGGAAGUAUCAUGUAAAUUCAAACCGCUCUGCUGUAAAUGGAGACGGUGUUUCUAUUGCCUUCGAUGGUUGUGGAUCUCAUACUGUUGCAAUCCAAGAAACAAGCGUCUGUGGUGAUAUUCAAAUUAUCAAAUCUCCUUUGCUUUUGGAAAGCAUGGAAAUGUUUAGUAGUGUCAGGGCAAAUGCUUGUAUGUGGAAAGGAAAAUGGAUGUAUGAAGUAACUCUUGAAACUGCUGGUAUACAACAGCUUGGUUGGACAACUCUUUCUUGCAAUUUCACUGAUCAUACGGGUGUGGGAGAUACUGAUGACUCCUAUGCGUUUGAUGGGAAAAGAGUCAAUAAGUGGAAUAAAAAUGCGGAGCCUUAUGGACAGUUAUGGGUUGUUGGAGACGUAAUUGGCUGUUGCAUAGAUUUGGAUCAUGACCAGAUUGCAUUUUAUCGUAAUGGUGCAUCACUUGGGAUAGCUUUUCAUGAUAUCCGCAAGAUGGUGCCUGGUUUAGGGUACUAUCCUGCAAUUUCUCUUUCUCAAGGUGAACGAUCUGAGUUAAAUUUUGGGCUCCAUCCUUUUAGAUACCCUAUUGAAGGUUUUCUUCCUAUUCAACCUCCCCCACCUUGUAGUUCUGUUGUUAUUCAUUUAUUGAAUUGUUUAUCAAGGCUAUUAGACAUUGGUCGCAUGCAGAGGGGGGAGUUCAACCCUGUUGAGAAAUUGAGAAGUUUGAAGAGAUUUUUCCCAUUUGAAGAACUUUUUGAUUCUGUUGCCCGUGGGAUUUGUGAAGAACUCUUCACUGCAAUUGAACUAGAUGCAGGUGGUAUAGAGUAUGUGGUAUGGGGUCCGCUAUCAUCAUUCAUUUUGAAAACUUUUGGGACAAAUCCACCACAUGACUAUCGGAGUUUGGAUAGAAUACUGAAUGUUUUUCUAGAAUUUAGAGGAUCAAUGGUGAUCUUUGAGCAUCUUAUAGACGCUCUUUCGUAUUUCUGCAAAACUGCUUCAAUGAUUAUGAAGGAAUGCCCAUACACAGGAUCAUAUCCUUACUUGGCUUUGGCAUGUCAUAUACUAAAAAGGAAAGAGUUGUUGGUAAUUUGGUGGAAAUCAAAAUAUUUCGAGUUCAUGUUUGAAGGUCUUUUGUCCAGGAAGAGCCCAAACAAACAGGACCUCCGGUGUUUAAUGCCUUCUGUCUGGUGGCCUGGUUCAUCUGAGGACAUGUCCAAUGAAAAAUUCAUGGGACUUUCUAUUACGGCCUUGUCUGAAGCAGUUAGCAAGAUUGAAGACAAGCAUAGGGAUCUUUGUCGCUUAGUGAUGCAGUUUAUACCACCUUCAUCACCUCUACAGUUACCUGGUUCAGUGUUCAGGACGCUUUUGCAAAACCUUUUACUUAAAAACCGUGGAGCUGAUCGCAACUCACCGCCACCUGGUGUUUCUAGCAACUCUGUUCUCGUGUCUUUAUUUUCUGUCGUACUGCACUUUUUGUCAGAAGGAUUUGCAACAGGGGAACUGAAGGGUUGCAUGAAUAAUUCAAGGUCAGAUAUUGGUUUUCUCCAUCGUGGUGGUCAACAAAGCUUUCCCAUGAGUCUGUUUCUAGAAAAUGAUCCACAACGAGUUGAUAUCCCUAGACUUGGAGGAUCCUAUAGUAAUUUAGCAAAAUUGUUUCCUUUAAAUGUUGAUCUGGAAACAGAGAUGAUUCAGUGGGAGGAAGGAUGUGCGGAUGAAGAGGAAUCUCGAGUAACACAUUUAAGUACACAGAAGCCUUGUUGUUGUUUGGUGUAUGAUGAUGAAUUCUCAAAAAGUAUUCAAAGUCCAGUUAGGGUUAUUACUAAAGCUGCUCAAGGCCAUUGUGGUGUUAUUGCAGAAAGAUCUCCUCAUGUUGCUGCAGAAUGCAGUACUGGAAGUUUGAAUGAUGAGAUGGUUGAUAAACCAAGCUCCAGUGAUCAGCACGAAUCCGAGUAUAGUUAUUUACCCAUGCAGCCAAUGAGGAUGAUAACAACAGAGUGCAAUGUAUCUUCUGUAAUGCUCAGGGAAGAGGAACUUCUUGAUUCUAUGCUCCUUUUAUAUCAUUUAGGUCUUGCUCCAAACUUUAAGCAGGCAUCAUACUAUAUGUCCCUUCAGUCUCAAACAAUCUCUGUCCUGGAGGAAACUGAUAAACAAAUAAAAGACCGAGCUUGUGGGGAGCAAUUAAAACGCUUAAAGGAAGCUCGUAGUGUUUAUCGAGAAGAAAUUAUGGAUUGUGUCAGAAACACUGCAUGGUAUAGAAUAUCUCUGCUGUCAACGGGGAAGCAAAGAGGGAUGUAUGCAGUGUGCAUGUGGAUUGUUCAAUUACUUCUGACCCUUAGCAAUUCCGAUCCUCUGUUUGUUUACAUUCCAGAAUAUUACCUGGAAACAAUGGUUGAUUGUUUUCAUGUGUUGCGCAAGAGUGAUCCUCCAUUUGCCCCUGCUGCUCUAUUCAUCAACCAAGGGCUUACAUCUUUUGUCACUUUUGUUGUUACACACUUCGAUGAUUCUCGGAUAUCAAGUGCAGAACUGAAGGAUCUGCUUCUGCAAUCUAUUUCCUCUUUGGUACAAUACAAGGAGUUUUUGGCUGCUUUUGAGAACAAUGAAGCAGCUAUUAUGAGGAUGCCUAAAGCAUUGUUAUCAGCAUUUGAUAAUAGAUCCUGGAUUCCUGUGACAACUAUACUACUGCGGUUGUGCAAGGGUUCUGGCUCUUCCAAACUGGGAGAAUCCUCCUCCUCCUCCUCUCCUAUGUUUCAGAGAUUGGUACGGAAGGCUUGUAUGGAAGAUGAAGAGUUAUUCUUGAUUUUUAUCAACCGCCUAUUUAACAUGCUUAGCUGGACAAUGACUGAGUUCUCAGUUUUAAUAAGAGAACUGCUGGAGAAAUGCAAGGUUUUGGAGUUCCAGCAGAGGAAAUGCAGCGUCAUCUUUGACCUCUCGUGCAAUCUAGCUAGGCUACUUGAGUUAUUCACUCGGGAGAUCCCUCAAGCAUUUCUGUCAGGAGCAGAUACAAAUCUACGGAGACUCACAGAGUUGAUUAUCUUUAUUCUGAAUUACGUAGCUUCAGAAAAAGACCCUGAAGUGUUUGAACUGUCAGUGAGGCGACAUAGUCAAACGCAGGAGAAAAUUAAUAGAGGCAUGAUUCUAGCUCCUCUAGUUGGUAUCAUUGUCAAUCUGUUGGAUUCCAAUGUAGAAGAGACAGCAGAUUGUAAUGAGAAGAAUGAUAUAGUUAGUGUAUUUGCAAGCAUGGAUUGCCUUGAUACUGUUAUAUGUGGAUUCCAGUAUCUCCUAGAGUACAAUUGGGCGGGAUCCUUAAGGGGCGAUGUCUCCCCUUACAAACUGAGGCAACUAGAGCAACUAUCAGUCCUUCUUAUAAGUCGGGCAGAAUCAAUAGCCAUUGAGAGAAGAAGAUCAAUUGAGGAAGAUAAUACGACAGAUCUGACUUGUUGCAUAUGUUACACGAGCGAUGCAGAUGCAAGGUUCGUACCCUGUUCCCAUAUAUCUUGUUAUGGCUGCAUUUCUAGGCAUCUCCUUAACUGCCAGAGAUGCUUCUUUUGCAAUGCAACUGUCCUAGAUGUCGUGGUCAAUUAUUAUAACAAAUAGAAAACACAAAUAUCCAAAUGUAUCAUAAUAGUAAUAAUAUACAAUCAUGGGUGGGUAGGUGUAAGCUUAAAAGCUAUAUAUAUAUAAUAAUAAUAAUAGUGUCUUUAUUGGGAUUAUUGAAGACAUGCUCAGUUCAGACUAAUGUCUGUUUUGGCUGUAGAAUUUUUUUGUACUAGGUGAAGCUGAGGUCAUUAUUAUUUUGUAAAUAUGAGAUGUAAUAAUAUACAGGACCCAAAAAUAUCUUUCCACAUUUAUAUAUGAAUUCAUUGUAAAACAAUUUUGUAUAUGGAUUGCACAUAUGGGAUGAGAGUUUAGGCCGGUUGGGAUGAAAUUGAAAAUCGCACGAGCCAUGGUUCAACUGUCCGAUUAUUGUGAAAAAGAUGAAUUAAAUUAGCUCUCACCGAGCCCCAAUUGGACACUUGAUUCAUUUGGAAGAGCUGUUCUUCUAACCUUUUUGUAAGUGUUUCUGGAUCUAGGUCUGGAUUACAUUUUGAUACACUCUCAAUCGAAGAAAGUGGGUAAAAUGGUAUUUUUGAACUAAGUCAUUAUGUAUUUUUGAACCAAGUCAUUAUGUAUGCGAAUAGAACUGUGGAUUGACUUUUAUUUUAUUCUUCUAGGAGCCAAUCUGUUGGUAAAGCCAUUAAUGCUUCUGGUUUUCUAAUUAUGCAUUGUUUAUUUUGCCA